AUGAUCAGCAGUUCGGUUUCCGGCUGCACAGUCAGCAGGCAGGCAUUUAUGGCACGGAAACAAUUUCUGAGUUCUGGCAAUUACGCGAGGAGCAAGACAGCGACUGCGACCGAGGCGAAGACAGCGAGACAAGUCAAGAAGAGAGGAGACGAGGAAAGGGCGGCGCCCGAUCAUGUCGGACGGCGGCGAGGAAUAGCGAAUGGCGAGGACGUGGUGUCGAUGACAACGGCAAAGCGUGCGAGUGUGGCGGCGUGUCAUGCUGGUCAUCAUCGCGCACGUCGUCUCAUUCUCAUCGUCGCCGCUAAGCUACGAGCUAUGGAACUGAUGAUCGCCCUUUUCGUCGGUCCUUGUUCGGCGGUCGUUCUUCGCCUCGUCCUUCUCCUAGCCGCAGCCGCUCGCGGCAUUUCCGUCUUCCGCAACGACAUCGCUGCCGCGCUGUCCCAAGGCGGUUGUGCCGACUAUGAGGACGCCAUCGUCCUUUCCUCUGACAUCAUCGUCUGUCGCGGCAGAUGGACCGGCCAUGUUCGCAACGGAAGCAAGCUGUGCUCCGGAAGCUUCACGAUAUGCAGUUGGAAGCACAAAUGGAUUUUAUCGAAAAUUCCAUGGUCAAAGGUGGUCGAAACGCCGGGCUGCUACGCGUACGAUGCAGCUCAGGACGGAAACCGAUGUGGACCUUGCAGAGCCAACAUCAACAGCGUAAGUAGUGCCAUGACCUGGUGA